AUUUAAAACUUUCAAAAACCUUCUUCUUUCUCUUUCUAGUUCUUUCUUUACUGAUAAACCCUAGCUUUCUUCUACCUCCAUCUUCUCAUGCGAUCGCGCUCACCUUUCAUACCAUGCACCCUCACUCAUACACCGUCGAUUUCUUGUCGAAAUCCCAAGACCUCGCCUCCACCAUCCUCGCUUCCUCUGCCCCUUCUCAGAUCUCCGCCGCUUGCGCCGCCAUCGACUCCUUCCUGCACUCACACUCACCCGACCACUCCCGCCACUUCUUCUCCUUCGCCUUCCCAACCCUAGUCUGCAAGCUCUUCGGCUUCGACGAUAUCGUUUCAUCUUCAUCAUUAUCAUCCCCAUCGCCACCAUCGUCGUCCUCGUCCAACGGCUGGAUCGACACAGUCCUCGCAUCCAACGAUCCUGAUUUAGCUAACAAGGUUUUUUCCCUCCUUGCUCCCGGGGGCGUCCUUCUCAGCUCAAUCUCUGCUGUUGAUCGUCUGUCGCUUGUAAAGUACGUCUUUCCGAACGAACGGUUGCCGGAAUGGGCCCGAUUCAUAUUUUCCUCCGACAAGGACUGCCGGGUUUUAGCUGAUCUUUGCCCAAUUUUCAAAGGUAAAGUUAAGGAGGAUUCCAUUAAGGGUUCUGUGUUUCAAGUUCAGCUUAAUGUGUUUGAGUAUUAUAUGUUUUGGUUCGCUUAUUACCCUGUUUGUAGAGGAAACAAUGAGAAUUGUGAUACGGCAGCUAUAAAAAGAAAUAAAAGGUUCAAAUUGGAGAGUUGGGUUUCUUCCAUUUCUGGUUUUUCGAACACUAAACGGGGUGGUUCGGAGAGUAGGAUUGAGUGCAAUCUUUAUGUUAGGCUUCUUUAUGCGUAUCUUCGUGCAUUUGUGCCUGUAAGUGAUUUGAAUUCGCACCAGCCUUAUCGUAGCUCGCUUCUUCAGUACUCCUUGAGUAACGAUGGUUCGGUUAUAUUGCAAGCUGAGUUCAUUGUUAAUGUCUUUAUUCAUUUUUGGCUGGUCGACAAUGACUUUUCACCCUUUCCUGUUGAUUUAUGCAAGUCGUUUGGAGUAAGUUUUCCAUUCCGGUCGGCUUUGGGUGACACUCUGCCUACAGCUGGGCUUGGUGAGGUGGUGAAACUGUUUGUCAAAUACUUGAAUUUGAGUUCGGCAAUGCAGCCAGAUGGGAAUGAGAAUGUUGAACUUAGCGGCAGUCCAAGGUGGAAUUCAGGUUCAUUUGAUGGUUCUAGGUCGAGGAAUGUUAUGGUGGCUUUACCAUUUUUGAAUUCUAUUGGGUCUUGGAACUUGUCAAUUCAGAGGCCACUAUAUAGGUUUAUAUUGAGAACAUUCUUAUAUUGCCCCAUAGAAACUUCGAUAAAAAAUGCAUCCGAUGUGUUUUCGGUUUGGAUUACUUAUAUAGAACCUUGGACGAUCAGUUUGGACGACUUUAUGGUUAUUGAUGCCAUUGUUGAUGGAUCAGCUAAGACUUUGAAGGAGUCGCAGUCUCAAGCUUGUGGGUAUUCACCUAGUUGGCAGGGUUAUGCCUUAUCCAACUACUUAUACUAUAGUUCUUUGGUUAUGCAUUUUAUUGGGUUUGCACACAAGUUUCUUCACGCUGAUGCGGAAAUAGUAGUCCAGAUGGUCUUAAAGGUUAUAAGUAUUUUGACAUCAUCCAAAGAGUUACUUGACCUUAUAAAGAUGGUGGAUUCUAUUUUCCAUUCGAAACAGACUGGAUCUGGGAAACCAAUGCUUAAUAGCUUGUAUAGAUUUGUACCUUCAAUUCGUGAACAGUUAAAGGACUGGGAGGAUGGAUUAUCGGAGUCUGAUGCUGAUGGGUCUUUCUUGCAUGAAAAUUGGAACAAAGAUUUACGUCUUUUCAGUGAUGGAGAAGAUGGUGGCCAGCAGCUACUUCAGUUGUUCAUAUUACGAGCGGAAGCUGAGCUGCAAGCCAUCUCUGGUGACAAUCUUGCUCGAAACCUGCAUUGCAUAGGCUCACUAAAAGCACAGGUGGGCUGUCUAUUUGGUAGCCACAUGGUAAAGCCAUUGUCAUUUUCUCCGGAACCAAAACAGCAUCAGCAGGUCCGCAAUGAUAUAUUCAAGCCCAGAAGAGUUAGCAGUUGUACGAUGGCCAAUGUCAAUUACAAGGGUGACUGGAUGAAGCGCCCCAUCUCAGAUGACGAGGUUGGAUGGCUUGCAAAACUCUUGGUCUGGUUGUCGGAUUGGUUGAACGAGAAUCUUGGAAUAAAUCAGCCAGAGAACAGCCAGGCAGACUCGCCUUCAUGGCCUUAUGUGGAGGUUUUAAGCGCUGAGGUGGACAAUGUUUGUGGACCUAGAGAUACAAUGAAAGCAGUUUUAUGUGCUCUGGGUUCCUGGCUUCUUACGCUGGGUAUGGCAGUGGUACGGAGAAUGAGAAGACAUGGUGUGCGGGUGAACCUCAGGAUGUUGGCGUCCAAGAAGGUAGUAAUGGUUUUGUUUUUAUAUGUUGUAUUUAAUAUACUGAGGAAAGCUGUUGGAGUUCUUCAUAGGGUGUAGAUGAAACUAGAACAAGAAUAUCUAAGAGGAAAAAAGAAAAAAGGACAAAAAAAAAAAAGACGAGAUAAAGAAAAGGAAGUUUAUAGGAAUGGGGAAAGUUGUGUUUUCUCUACAAACUUUAUUGAUGGAGUUUUGUUGUUGCCAACUUGUAAGUAACUGUGAUACGUGCACAGCAUGAAAAAUGUAAAAGUUUUUUUUUUUUGGUUUUUUAAUGCCGUUUGAUGAUG